AUGACCCAAUGGCUAUUCUUGCUGUUUUGGAUAGGAAUUUGUCUCUCAACGGCCAACGCUUCGAAGCAGGAUCCAACCACAACGAUGGAUACCGAUGAUUUUGCGAAACCGGACAUCGAGGGUGGCCGAUACAAAAACCCAUCAUCGUUUGCGAAUUGGGACGGCAUCCCCGGCCCAUCGUCUUUAAUCAAAUGGCGUCUCACCGAGAAAGACGAAAGCAAAAUCCCCAGCGAUGAAAAGGAAUUGAACAAGACGAUUCCCGUGAUUCCAAUGAAGUCCUUCGAAUCUAACAGCUCCCUCUUCGCUUCGUGGCUUGGACACGCCACUGUUUUGGCUUCGGUUGAUGGUGUAAAAUUGAUCACCGAUCCAGUGUGGGCUCAACGAGUGUCGCCUUUUCCAUUUGCGGGUCCACGCCGAUAUCGACCCCCUCCAAUUGAUAUUGAGAAUUUACCAGAGCUGGACAUCGGGGUGAUUUCACACGACCACUACGAUCAUUUGGAUAUUGAUGCCGUGAAAAAGAUUAACAGCCGUUUCCCCUCAAUGCGAUGGUUUGUGCCGAUGGGAAUGGGUGAUUGGCUGAAAUCACAAGGAAUCGAAAGCGACGCGACGAAUCGAGAACGGGUCACACAAAUGUCAUGGGGCCAAUCUAAAGAAGUUACGAUAAGCGGGAAGAAUUUCACAGUUUGGUGCAUCCCGGCUCAACAUUGGUGCCAGCGAGGACCAUUUGAUCGUAAUAAGAGACUCUGGGCUGGUUGGAUUGUGGAAGGGCCGACAAAGAAAUUCCUCUACACUGGUGACACAGGCUUUUGCAACAGUGAAUACGAAAAGGUUGGGAAAAAGUUUGGUGGUAUCGAUCUUGCGGCAAUUCCCAUUGGAUGCUAUGCGCCGAGAUGGUUCAUGAAAUCACAACACAUCGAUGUGCCCGAAGCUAUCAGCAUUCACAAAUUGAUCAAAGCAAAAACGUCGAUUGGUAUUCAUUGGGGAACCUACGAGAUGGGAUCGUACGAAUUCUACCUGGAUCCGAAACAAUGGCUUGAAAGAGAAUUGAAGAAAGAAAGCGGAGGCGACACGAAAUUCAUCACCAUUCCGAUGGGUUCAAUUUGGGAAGACAAGCCGAAUCCCUCCACAAAAUCAUCCGAG